UGUACGAUGCUGUAACUCUCUCUUUGGUAAAUUGGGGGAAUCCAAGAAGCCUUAUGACACUGGGAGAUAAAUAACAGUCUCAACAAUCUUCCGAGAGACAGAAGAGAGAAGCAAAACCUCUAGCAAGGGCAAGAGCAGAGACCAUACAACACACUGAAAAUGGCGUCAGGCAUCCCCAUGCCAGAACCACUGUGCCUCAUUGAGAACACUGAAGAGGCGCUGGUGGUUAAUGCAGAAGCUCUGGAGGUCCUGUCUGCCAUAGACCAGCCCCUCGUGGUGGUGGCCAUCGUGGGCCCCUACCGCACUGGGAAAUCCUACCUGAUGAACAAGCUGGCUGCGAAGGAAAAUGGCUUUUCUGUUAGCUCCACGGUGCAGUCCCACACCAAGGGGAUCUGGAUGUGGUGUGUGCCUCAUCCCGAGAAGCCAGACCACACCCUCGUUCUGCUGGACACUGAGGGCCUUGGAGAUGUAGAGAAGGUUGAUGACAAGAGUGAUAUCCAGAUCUUUGCCCUGGCAAUCCUGCUGAGCAGCACCUUCGUAUACAACACCAUGAGCAAAAUUGACCAGGGUGCCAUAGACCUACUGCACAAUGUGACAGAACUGACAGAUCUGCUCAGGACAAGAUGCUCACCUGACUUUAAUGGGGCUGAAGAUACUGAUGACUUAGUGAGCUUCUUUCCAGACUUAGUAUGGACUCUGAGAGAUUUCUACCUACACCUGGAAACAGACGGGCAAGUCAUCACACCAGAUGAAUACCUGGAGAACUCAUUGGAACCCAAAGAAGGUAGCAAUGAGAGAAUUCAACAUUUGAAUCUGUCCCGUUUGUGUAUAAAGAAGUUCUUUCCAAGAAAGAAAUGCUUUAUCUUUGACUCACCUGCUAACAAGAAAAAGCUUUCCAAGCUUCAGACGCUACAUGAUGAGGAGCUCUAUCCUGAGUUUGUGCAACAGGUGGAAGAAUUCUGUUCCUACAUCUUCAACCACUCCACAGCCAAGACUCUUCCAGGAGGCACCGAGGUCAAUGGACACUGUCUAGAGAGCCUGGCCCAGAUCUAUGUCAAUGCCAUCAACAGUGGGGAACUGCCCUCCGUGGGAAACUCAGUCCUAGAGUUGGUCCAGAGAGAGAACUCAGCUGCAGUGCAGAAGGCCUUGGCCCACUAUGACCAGCAGAUGGGCCAGAAGGUGCAGCUGCCCACAGACACCCUACAGGAGCUGCUGGACCUGCACGGGGCCUGUGAGAGGGAGGCCAUGGAAGUAUUCACAAAGAACUCUUUCAAGGAUGAGGACCACCGUUUCCAGAAGGAACUACAGACCCUCCUAGAUGCAAAGCAGGACGACAUCUGCAAGCGGAACAAGGAAGCCUCUGCAUGUCGGUGCUCAACUUUACUUCAGGGUAUUUUUGGUCCUCUGGAGGAAGAAGUGAAGCAGGGCAUUUAUUUUAGGCCAGGAGGCCAUAACCUUUACCUUGAAAAAAUGGAAAUCUUGAAGGCAAAUUACUGUCAACAUCCAAGGAAAGGAAUACAGGCUGAGGAAGUUCUGCAGGAUUACCUGAGGUCCAAGCAGUCUGUGAGCGAAGCUGUUCUACAGUCAGACCUGGCUCUCACCACUCAAGAAAAGGAGAAGGAAGAGGCUAGACGCAAAGCAGAGGCUCAAAGGGCUGAAGCACAAAGAUUGGAGGCCAUUGCCCAGGAGAACCAGAGAAAGUUGGAGGAGAAGGAAAGGCUCCACCAGCAGCAAAUGAGACAGAUGGAGAUCGACAGAGCAAACCUCCUGGCGCAGCAGCAGAGGGAGCUGCAGAGGCAGCAGGAGCGCAGGCUCCAGGAGGAAGCAGAAAGGCAAAAGGCAGAGGCUGAGGCUCAACAGAGAAGACUGCAAGAGCAGCUAAUGUCUUUGAGAUCUUCUGCCUCAAGGCGUGAUGACUGCAUCUUGCUUUAAAGUGCUAAAUAUUUGAGCUUUCUUUUUUUUCUCCCUUUAACUGCAGAAAGGAACAAGAAAUAUAGAACUUUGGGCAAUCGAUAUUGAAGUCAUUCCAUUGCCUCCUGUGUAACUUUCUGUAUUUGGCUCAGGGUAUUACAAGCUCACAGGUUCGCAGUUAACGAAACAAACUGGGUCAGUGGGCUGAGAGCAAGAUCUCAGGCCCAGG